AUGGGCAGUUGUCUGGAUAAACCUCGAGAAAAUGAAACAAAUGCUGAGAUACGCUCAAUCGUUCCUUUUACGGCAACAUCUUCAAUUGAAAAGAGACACACUAUUUCCUUAAAUUCGGAACCAUCAUUAAAUAAUCAUAACGACAAUUAUUCACAUAACAAGCGCCAAAAAAAAAACUCUUGGAUAUUUUCGAUAAAUGCUGAUAAUCGGUUUGCUAAGUUGCAUGCUCUAUUUAAGUACACUUGGCAAGUAAAUUUUCUUGCACCCGUUCAUGAACAACUCGAAUCGGGAAACGCGCGAGUUUUAGAUUACGGAUGUCAAACAGGGGAAUGGGUAUUAGACAUCUCUGUUAAGUAUCCACUCGCAAAAGUAUGGGGAAUCGAUACAUCAAACAUCUUUCCUUCUUCGCCAAUACCAUUAAACUCUAAUUUUUUACAUUUUGAUAUUCUCAAUGGAUUCCCUUUUGCCGAUAAUACAUUCGAUCUCGUUCAUGCCCGAUGUUUAGCAUUCACAUUUACCAAAAUCGAAUGGGAGCAUAGGGUAAUAAAGGAAUUGUUGCGUGUGCUAAAACCAGGGACUGGCUGGCUAAGUCUCCUAGAAAUCAACUUAUUUUAUACAAAUGAAGGUCCAAAUACCGCCAAGCUUACAGAAUCCAUGAGAUCAUUUCUUAAAGGAAAGAACAUGGAUCCUGAUAUUACGAGUUUACAGCUAAAUUUGUUACAUGAAUCCAAUCAAUGCACGGACAUACAAGUCCACGAAAGAUUUCCCACACCGGGAAAUUAUAUCGAUUUUGUUCGUGUGGAAGAUAUCAUUGCGAAGGAAUUCGCAUUAACCAUGUACGGUUUACGUACGGAAUUAUCUAACUUUAUGGGAUUAAAUAAUGAAGAAUAUAAUUCUUUGAUAGAGUCAAGUGUCAAAGAAUUUAAAAUUUAUAAGACUAGCGUUAGACAGACUAAUAUAAUUGCACGUAGAAUAUAA